AUGCAAAGUGUCUUGGACUCUCUCCACGACUUCAGUUUGAAGUGUCCCUUCUUCCCAGAAUCUUCAUUAGAAACACUGAAGAACUAUAAGUACCAAGCAAUAGACAAUUCCUUUGUUGGGAAAUACUUCUACCAAGACUUUGUGAUUGCCCCAAUUAUGAAAGUUGUUCCUUUGUGGGCUGCUCCAAAUCUGAUUACGUGUGCUGGUGGUCUUUUUAUAGUUUUAGCUCUUUUCACAGUAUACUUAGCUGACUACUUUGGUGCGUUCACACACUUACUCGUUGGUAUCUUUUUCUAUAUGUACGUGAUCUUUGAUACAUUGGACGGUAAACAAGCUCGUAAAACAGGGAGUGGAUCUCCUUUAGGAGAAUUAAUGGACCAUGGUGUUGAUGUCUUAGUGAUGGGAACUUUAGCUAUUAUUUUGUGCCACGAAUUCAUGUUAGACCAGUUCCAGACGGCUUUCAUCUAUUUUGUUGGCUUUGCCAUCUUCUAUUUCCCACACUGGGUACAACAUCAAACUGGUUGGAUGAUCUUUGGCCCUGCCACUAAUCCCAUUGAAAUGGUACAUCUAUAUCUCUUGAUUGAAAUUGUUCGAACAGUCAUGGGAUGGACUCCAGAAGUUGCAAAUAAAGCGACUAUAUUUGGUAUAAUGGACAUGCCAACUUUCUUGAUGGUCUUUGCAACUUUUGUGUUGGGGUGCACCAUAUUUGGAGCUGUCAGAGAUGUUAAAGCGGAACUCGAAAAGUCGAAUAAGAGCUGGGACACACCAUUAAAAGAGCUGAUACCUUUCUUCUGCACAUCUGUUGUUGCGUUGUCCAUCAAUUAUAUUCACAUCGACAACUUCUUUUGUGACCAAUUAAGACUUGUCGGAAGUGUGUGCUUUGUUGGGAUGUUUGUCCAGUGGUAUGUUGUGACCAGAUUAUUACAUUUACCAUGCCCUUCGUUAUACAUCAACUUCUAUGGAACCGUCAUAAUAGCUAUUGUAAUGAAUAUUGCUUAUCACUUCGAUAGAUGGAAUAUCGUCAACAUGCUUGCUGUUGGUUAUUGGGCACAUUCGACCUUAUGGGAAUCUGCUCUUGUUCUCAAUGUUAUUUACCACUUCUCAAAGUACUUGAACAUUAAACCAUUCAAAAUCGUCCCAAAGACUCAGAAUUAA